AGCAUCAUAUUUCAGUUUACUCAAACAAUCCAAGAGGAUAGCAGAGUGAAAAAUGUCUCCUUUAAUCCACCUAAGUUGUGUUUUCGCUCUUCUGAUUUGCCUAACAGGCAGCAUCAGUGCUAAUCCGAUAGCCGAUGAUCACGACCGCCUGCUCCAACUCCUGGCUAACGCAAAUCCUGCAGAUGAUGCCGAGCUGCUGCAGAGCACCACAGAUGCAAUUGCUCUGUACAAGAAGUAUGCUCCUUCCACACCGGACGACGAUUUGGAUAGGGAAGUAAGAAAAUUCGAAUCGGAGAACAUCACGGUGGACGGUGUGCCUAUUCAAGGUGGAUUUUGGUCAUCUAUAAGGAGUGCGGCCGAUAAAGUACCCCAAGAAGUCAAGGAUCAGGCCAAGGAACUUGCUAAACAGUCUGCCAAAGCGCUCUUCAACAAAUUGACCGACUAUCUUAAAGCAAAAAUUUCAUCAAAAUAAAGUGUCUGCUAAGGC